CUAACAGGUCACGAAGUGCAUUGUGGGUAGGUCAGAAGCCAAGAGGACGCCAUGUGCUUUUGAGGCAGUGGGACUGCACUACUCUGGCCGUUACAGCUUGCCUUGUUUUUAGAGGGAUACCGGGAUAAACGGCUGCAUUUAACGUUAGCAUGUACUGCACCAGACACUGCCUCCGGACCGCGCUGCGAGCUGCAGUGAACACACACCGGCAACAGCUUCAGCGACAGCCACCAGCCCUGUGUUCUCUCAGACUUCUGAAGACCAGUCCACCUUGUCAUUCAGACGCCAUCGCCUCUCCUCCACUAGAUGGAGCACCCAAAGAGUAUUCCCCCAAAAUCCAACAGCUUGUCAAUGACAUAGCCAGCCUCACUUUAUUAGAGGUGUCGGACCUUAAUGAGCUCCUCAAGAAAACUUUGAACAUUCAGGAUGUUGGCAUGAUGCCGAUGGCUGCAGCAGCUGUCCCUGUGGCACAGGGCACCGAAGAGGAGGAGUUACCGGUCAAGAAAGAGAAAACUCACUUCACAGUAAAAUUGACAGAACUGAAGGCUGCUGAAAAAGUGAAACUUAUAAAGGAAGUGAAGAACUGCAUACAAGGCCUGAAUCUGGUGCAGGCUAAGAAACUAGUGGAGUCUCUUCCCCAGGAAAUCCGGGCUAACGUAUCCAAAGAAGAGGCAGAGAAACUGAAAGCAGCCCUGGAGGCAGCAGGUGGCACUGUGGUGUUGGAGUAGAGCUGUGUGCCCGCCUGCCUACCUGUUCUACCACAUCUUGCAGAUUAUGCACUUCAUCAUUCAUCCUAUUAUUUUUAUGUUUUUUUUUUACAUGACAAAGAGGAGGAAUCCUGGAAGAAAAGGAAAUAAAUGCCUUUUGACAUUAAUACUGUCUCUUAAAAACAACAACAACGUCAAGUGGGGCGGUACAACUCAGACUGAACUUUCCAGGCACAUAGCUGGCACACAACAGAGGGCUGCCUCACUGUUUCCUUGUCCAUUUUGUCUGCUGAUGUAUCUAUGUGAUAUUUGUGUAGCGAAUAAGCUACAGGAGCACCAGUCUGGGUGCCAAGUAAGUGAGUUGGUCAUUCUAUGUGUGUAUGUUAAACUUUUCACAGAAGGAAAGAUUAUGCUGUAGGGACAUGGUUGUCAUUCCCUGUGUUAAAGAACACCGGAUACUGAAUCUAGUUCAGAGGAUGGCAGGGCUGAGUCUGUCAUAUCACAUAUAGAAUUGUUGAUAACGUAAUUAAAGUUGAAACACCCAGA